ACCGCCGACGCCGCCGUCGCGAGUGCUACACACACACACACACACACACAUACACGCACACACACAUGAACGGUGCGCCGCGCGCGUACAGCCGACGUUUUUCCGGCCCGGCGUCUUGAGACGUCGCUCAGUCUCAAGACUACUCCGGCGUCGCGAACACCUUAGGUGCCCGACACCACGCGUACGAGAAACGCGUCGCUGCCACGACCACCACCAAGUCCGUUACGCGCCCAACCACGGCCCGGUCCGUACCGAUAGAUACAUUUUCACCGUUCGUUUUCGCGAAUCCAUUUCGAAAAAAAUUUAUUAAGUAUUUUUUUUUUUCAAUCGUAUUACCGCGUGUAAACAUCGUAACACCGCCGCACGCACCGGACCGUUAAGUCUUACCACGCACACCAUGCGCGACUGUUACCACGUCUAACGGUCGCCGUGGACACUCGGUCGGACGCAACGAGAGGACAAAGUUUUCCAAAUUGUUUCGCAUCAGUCAAGACGAUCUCUUCGGUGCCGCUGGAUCUUCGCGCCUCGCCCGGCCACGAACACCUGCAGGGCGACGACGACGACGACAUGUCGGCCGACAUACAGCAACAGCAGCAGUCCGUGUUGUUGCAACGGCCGGUGUUCAAGAUGAACCCAGCCGCGGAUUUCUGGCAACAGCAACGACAACAGUACCAGCAACACCAGCAGCAGCAGCAGCAACAGCAGCAGCAGCAACAGCAGCAGCAGCAGCAACAGCAACAGCAGCAACAGCAACAGCAGCAGCAACAGCAACAGUUACAGCAACAGCAGACGGUCGUAUCUUCGCCGUCGCCGCAACCUCAAACGGCACCGCCGCCGUCCGUGCUGCAAGUCAACCAUGACCAGCAGCAGCAGCAAGUGCCAUCGUCCAUCGUUGUCGGACAACAGCAGCAGACGCCGAACAGCGUGCAAGUGACGGCCGACGAAGCGAUCGCCAUGGUCGCUCAACAAGUCGCGCAACACCAACAACGGCAACAACAACAACAACAACAACAACAGCAAACGCAAAACGUCGAAAUGGCUGACGAAUCGGACGUGGUCGUCGGGCAACCGUCACCGGCGGCUAUCCGUGCGGCCGUCCAGCAGCAGCAACAGCAGGAUUCGUCGUCCGUCGCCGGUCUGACCGGACAGCCCACGGGCACCGGCGACUCGGCCGUUUCCGUCGUCAUAAACCAGAACAAUUCGCUGGUGUUAAACGAUCCGAAAAUGAUGACCGAAAAACUAGUCAGCGAACUACAGAACCGAUCGAUAUCAGACCGCACUCUCGAAGAAUGUUGGUCCACACUUCAGCGAGUCAGCUGGAAUGUCUUUCGUUCAAUCUUCAUGCAAAAGUCCGCGGCCAUGCAGAUGCAGGCGCGUGACUUCGGUCGGCCCGGCAGCAUCGGUGGCAGUUCGCUGAGCGGCAGCGGCCUGGAGGUGAGCAAACCGCACCAGUGCCAGCAGUGCCUCAAGUCGUUCAGCUCCAACCACCAGCUGGUGCAGCACAUACGCGUGCACACCGGCGAGAAGCCGUACAAGUGUUCGUACUGCGAGCGCCGGUUCAAGCAGCUCAGCCACGUGCAGCAGCACACUCGACUGCACACAGGAGAACGGCCAUACAGAUGCCAUUUGGCCGAGUGCGGACGAGCUUUCAUACAGCUGUCCAACCUGCAGCAACAUCUCCGAAACCACGACGCCCAAGUAGAGAGAGCCAAAAACCGGCCGUUUCACUGCACCAUCUGCGGCAAGGGUUUCGCUACCGAGUCAAGUCUGCGCACCCACACGGCUAAGGAACAUUUUUUUUAUUUUCAGGAAGCCGAGCUCCGCAUGGACGUGCUCCAACAGCACGCCGCGUUGAUGGGCGGCGCGAGCACCACGUCUUGCCCGCUUUGUCACAAACUGUUCUUGGGUAGCGAAUCGCUGGUCGAGCACAUGAAAGUCCACCACAACGACCCGACCACCGUGUCGCAAGCCGUUGUCCAAAGCUACACCGAUAUCGGCACCGGCCCAUACAUGGCCAAACGCCGGACGGCCAACCACCCGUGUCCGGUGUGCGGUAAACAUUACGUGAACGAGGGCAGUCUACGAAAACAUUUGGCGUGCCACCCGGAAACGGCGCAAUACGCCCAACUCAGGAUGUGGCCGUGUUCCGUUUGCCAAGCCGUGUUCACCCACGAGUCGGGUCUUCUAACGCACAUGGAACAUAUGCGUAUGGAUCCCAAACAUCAGUUUGCCGCGCAGUAUGUGCUGAGCCGAGCCGCCGCAGAGCGCAGGGAACGCGAGAACUUCUUGGCCGCCGUAACGGCCACCAACAGCAUGGGUGGUCCUGCUUCGCCGCAUUCCGUCCACUCGGACUCGUCUUCGUCCAACAACGGCGAAGUGGACGGUCCCAGCGGAGGCGGUUCCAUCACCGGUUCCGUGGGUACUGGUCCGAACAACUCAGUUGUCGCCGCGGUGGCCGCGGCUGCGGCCGCCGCUGCGGCAGCCGGUGGCGGCGGUAACGUAGUCGUUCCCACAGGUGGUCGUCUAUCCGUGUCACCGGCCGACAACCAGAUCCCGUUGGUGUUGCAUCACAACAAUAACAAUACGACCACGAACAACAACAACAACAACAACAACAACCCGACGGCCAUUAAGUUGGCUGAGCUAAUGGCGGCCAGAACCGGAGGCAUGAUCGGCGGUAACGGUGGACACCAGUAUAUGAACCAGCAACCGCAGUACAACGCCAACGACCUGCAGAGAGCCGCGGCGUUGUUCAUGAGCCAGCAGCAGGCGCACGCGGCCGUUACGCAGGCGCAGCAACAGCAGCAGCAACAGCAACAGCAGCAACAGCAGCAGCAACAGAACCCACCGUCACCUUCGCACUCGCCGCGGUCAGCUCCCCCGACUCCCGCGUCCGUGGUGCAAGCGGCCGCGGCCAAUCUCGCGGCCGCAGCCAUGCGCAUCACCCAGUCGAACGCCAUGCACCAGAACCCGUUGGUCACCACUUCCAGCGGUUCCGGUUCAAACUCGUCGGUGAACUCGAUGCAGUCGGCAGUCCAGAUGGCCAUGAACGCGGCCGUCCGAGCGUCCAUGUCGUCCAUGGUGGACGGCCUGGGCAGCCACCACCAGCAAACCGGCCAUCAGUCGAUGCUGCACCACCAUCAGCAGUCCAACCACGAUCAGAAUUCACCGACGUUGCGCAUGCAAGAGGCCAUACUCAGGUCACAGGCCGAAGCAGCGCUUCGGUUGGCCGUCACGCAGGCCGUAGCCGCUUCAUCGAGCCAGCAACAACAGCAGCAGCAGCAACAGCAACAGCAACAGCAGCAGCAGCAACAGCAGCAGCAGCAACAGCAACAGCAACAGCAACAGCAGCAGCAGCAAACGGCCGAACAGAAUCGGCUGCCGGGGACUGCGCAGCAACAGAACGCCGCGCUCCAGUCGCAGCAGAACGCGGCGAUCAACUACAACGCGAUGGCGCAGGGACAACUGAUGAACGGACAGAACCCAUACCACCACCAGGGCCAGGUGUCGCCUGACCUGUCCGAGGCGCUUAGGCUCCAGGAGCAACGGCUGGAACAGGCGCUUCGGCUGCACGGCGGCGACCCCAGGGCGUUGGGCUUCACUUUCGGUAACACCCAACAGGGCCACAUCAACCCAUGAGGGUUUAGUUAUUAUUGACACGGUCAGGCGUUCAUACACCCAUACUCGUCCCACCAGCCUCUUGCACCGUUACUACCACCACUAAUACUACUAAUAUUAUUACAUUACGGUAUACCGUCGUCAUCUGCAGUCUACUAUCACCGCUAUAACCUUCUCAUCCUCCUCAUCAUCCCGUACACGCAUAAAACGGUUCAACGGUGGACCAGCUGCGCGCGCACACGAUUAUUAUAAAUAUAUAUAUAUAUAUAUAUAUAUAUAUAUUAAUUUAUUUAUUUAUUACAUAUAGCUAUAAAUAUACUAUUAUACUAAUUACUAGAUACACAUAUACGUUAAUUUAUGCAUGUAUAAUAUUAAAAUGGUAAAAUUAAUUUUUUACCAACACAAAUGUCUCACGCUGAUACACUUGUCCGUGGUCGUCUCGCGCGUACACGCUAAGUACGGGCCAGCGACCACGUCGUGUAUCGCUUCUGUAAAUAGUCUGUAUAUAUUACCAAUAAACCUAUAAGCAUAUACCUAUAUAAUAUAUAUAUAAAUACAUGUGUGUAUAAAUAUAAAUGUAUAAUUGCCAUUUUAAAUAUUAACCAAUUUUUAAAAUCGUCGUUUAGCAAAUUUUUGUUGUACAGUUAUGAAAAUAAUAUUAAUGGUUUUUUUUUACGUGAGUUGUAAAAAAGAAAAAAAAAACUUAACGCAUCUAAAUUGAUUAAAAUUAUUUUUACGGAUCGCUCUGCGAGAGAUUUGACUAACAUAAUAUUAAGUAAAGAAACAUUUAGGUACCGGAAAUAUUAUUGUUUACUUAUACAAAGAUUCAAACCAUUUU